UCCUUCCUAAAUAACAUAUUCAACAUCUCUCUCUCUCUCUCUCUCGAUAACAUGAGCUCGACGCCAAUGGACCAGAAGAAGAGCUCGUCGACAAGGACAAGAUCAAGAAUCGGGACGGCCUCCUCGACCGCCGCAUCAAGAAGACGGCGGCGAGCCAACAAGCUGGCACGUGCCUGCAUGAGCAAGAGGCGGAGGCUGGGCUUAGGCCCGUGCCCCUCCUCCUCCUCCUCCUCCAAUGACGUUGUCUCGGAGAAGCUAGAGGCCCUCAGGAACCUCAUUCCAGUCACCAGGGACGGCGCCGACGACUCCUCCGCCGACGAGCUGUUUCAAGAAACGGCGGAGUACAUCCUCCGGCUGAGGACCCAAGUCGUCAUCCUCCAGAAGCUGGUUCUUCUCUACGGAUCGACCAAUCUUCCGGAGGAACAACAACGCCAGAUCAACGAUGCUUCCUCUGUAUUACAGUCUUCAGUCUCCACCCAAAAAAACCAAAAAAAACAAGAACAAGAACAAUGGUUCUUCAAGAUUGAAUCCCCAUCGGAAAAAAAAAGAACGCAUUUGGCUGGCGAGAAAGCGCAGACGAAAAUGUUUGGAAAACAUCUGGUACAAAAUUAGGAGGGAAGAGACAUUAUUCAAGCUCCUCGGAUCGUUGUCCAAGGACAUUUUUCAUGAAGUUCUUUUUUAUC